UAUAAAAAGUGCUUUCAUGCCCGCUGAUGUUUCAGCUCCGUGUGCGCAGUCAACGCCGAGGAGAGCAAUUAACGCCAACAUGUCCGCUCUGGGGGAUUAAAUCAUCACGCCCAUCGCUUUCAAUGCUUCUCGGCAUACUAAAAUAAUAUUGCACGUGUGUUGUGUUGUGUAACUGCCUCUGUUUGACACACCUCUCCUUUAACUUUCUCCCGAGCUGGCUGGCUUUUCCCAGGCGGGGGAAGUGUGGCUCAUCGAACCGUUCGUGGCUGCUCCUCAUUUAUUUAUUUAUUUAUUUAUUUGCUUACUUGCUUGUCGGCGUUUGAUGCCACGGCAAUGGGACUUUGCCAAAGGGAGAACGUGUUUGCGCGUUGCUGGAAAAGUUUGCUUUGGACCGUGCUGGUGCUCUGGCUGUGCACGCCCGCUGACGGAACCUGGAAGACUGGACUUUACAAAAGCAGAGCGCAAGCUGCAGCCUCUCAUCCCGCCGUCUAUCAAAAAAGAAACUGGUGUCCGCAUACAGUCACGAAGACCGUGAGUUGCCAGGUGCAGAAUGGGACCGUCGUGCAGCGAGUCUACCAGACGUGCCGCUGGCCACAGGGAUGUACAGGCGGCAGCUACAGGACAGUUGUCAGACCUUCCUAUAAAAUGGUGUACCGCACUGUGACCUCACUGGAGUGGAAAUGCUGUCCAGGAUUCAGCGGGACCGCCUGUGAAGAUGAUGCCGGGAAACAACAGGCGGCUCAAGAGGCAGUAAGAAAAGCAUCCACACUGCGUCGCCCACCUGCACGCACAGGGGAGGCCCUUUCAUCCUGUCUCAACUGCAGCCGAAUCACAGCAAUGAAUGACAGGCUGAGCUCGCUGGAGGCAAAGGUCCAAGUACUCACCGCCUUGCCAUCCGUAUCGCAACGGCACCCUCUGUCUAGAGGAAGAGUUACACCUGAGAGCGCCUUACUGUUGGGGGGGGCCGCGGCUGCUCCGGGGGCUCCCGGUGAGCGGGGACCUCCCGGUCCUCAGGGUGAAAAGGGCUACGAUGGUCUUCCGGGCAGAGAUGGGAAAGCAGGAUCUCGAGGCUUGCCAGGUCCCGUUGGGCCUCGGGGUGAAGCGGGCGCAAGGGGUCCAGCUGGAAGCCCUGGUUUGAAGGGAACCUCAGGACCCGCAGGCCCUCGGGGUCCCCCAGGACUUCCAGGAGAGAGGGGCCUCCCAGGUCCUCCAGGACCACCUGCUCAUGCUAGUGCCCGCAUCCCCGCGCCAGACAAUAGUGGAAAGGACCCCUUCUUCACCAACACUUUCCAUGAUUCCACACCAGGACCUCAGGGACCCCCUGGACCGCUUGGUCCCACAGGUCCAAAAGGCCCAGCAGGACCUCCUGGCCCACAGGGACAGAACGGUAAACCUGGCACACCUGGAACACAGGGUCCUAUGGGGCCAAAGGGAGAGCGUGGGGAAAGAGGUCCAUCAGGUUACCCGGGAGAUAGGGGCUUCAGGGGCGAGCCGGGCUCACCGGGUCCCAAAGGAGAGUCUGGAGAGAAGGGCUUACCGAGCAAUCUAAAUCUGGUGAACCGUAUGCGUUUGUGUGUGGGGAAAGUCAGUCUUUAUGCGUUUUUGUGUUGUUGGUCCUCGGGGUGCGCUCCGGACUGCGGCCCCCCGUCAUGACACUGUCCUUUUGACCCUGAAGCUGUCUUGACUCCCUCUGCAAGCUAUGGCUACCUUUCACAGUCACUUUGGCAGCAUCUGACUUUGGCAUAUAUGUCAAAAUAGCAUCACCACCAUCAAUCCUGUUGCAAGAAUACACAACAACCAAGACAGAGAGGAGAAGGCUGAAUCCUUGAGUACAUUGACUAAAUUCAUGAUCUUCUAAAUUGAUCGUCUUCUCUCUUAAGAAUCAAUCAUGUUUGGUGUAACAAAUGAAAGUAAAUGCAUGAGAUGCAUAUGCCAAAUCAUUCCAUUUAUGUGUCAGUCGUGGAUUCUGUUGGGUUCAGAGGUGUUGUGGAGUGGAUACAGCUACCCUCUUUUAUCCCAUCUUGCAAAAGACUCAUUUUCUGCAUGUCGAUAUUAACAAGCGCAUAACAAGGCUGCUACAUUGAAGUUAGGCAAAGUUCCCCCACAUUAUACUACAUUUGUUUCUGCUUUAAAUUACUCAGUCUGCAUUGGCUGAAGGUUUUUUACAACAAACAUAAACCAUUGCCAUUUCUGUCUGACUAAUCCGAACAUUUUAACCAUGCAACCUCCCAUUUGCAUGCCUUCUUUUUGGGAUGAUGAAUUACGUUUUAAAGUAACUCACAAAACCAUUGCCUUACGUUUAAACCCAAAAAGUGUCUGACAAGAUUUGAAUGUACACUGACUGGACACGCUCUUCGGUACUCUUGCAUACUCCCUGCACACUGCAAACUGAAGAGCUAUAGCAACAAACAUUUACAGCACUUGACAUUUUUUUUUAGGUCUUUAAACACACUUUUGAAAACGAUAAACACAUGUAAACACAUACAAUACUGUAUAUUAUAUAAUAUGUAGAGAGAGCAAGAGCAAUGGAUCACGCAAAGAUUUUGUACACAGGAUAAACAAAUAGAGUAACAACUGUAAAUCCACAAUAUAGCGGGACCGCGAAGCGUGAACUGCGAUAUAGCGGGGAUUUACUAUACUGUACAUAUAUGAAAAUGUUAUUAUAAUUUAUAUAAUAAAUUAUAUAAUUGUGUGGGGAUAUAAGAAGGGAUAAUGGGAUCAAUUUUUAUCUCAUUAUCUUGGUGUACCUCAUGAAGUAUCCAGUGAAUGCACAGUAUGCAGAGCAUACUGGCAUCUCUCAGCCAGAUGGGAAUUUUAUGACCACAAUAAGAUCAAAUAUGCAGUGGUGCUGAAAAUCCUUUCCUGACUGCGUUGCAGAAAGAAACAAUAAUGCAUACGUAGCAUGAGCACAUCUAAAUCCUGGAAGAGUUUGGUCCAGGUGUGUCAAACGUGUGACUGCUGUGACGUGCAUGCUGCUGUUGUCCCGCCCAGCAUGGCAGACACUGGCGUCAUACUGUAGCAGCAUGGCCAGAGAAUGAGGGAGAUGCAGAGACACGUAGGAAGCAGACAAUGCUGGACAGAUGUGUGGACUGUUUAACCUUCUAACUUCUGAACUGUACUGAGGGGGGGGGGGGGG